CGGGUGGCCUCCCCUCCUCUUCGUCACCACCGCUGGCGGAUGCGCAGGCCCCUGUCCUGGCCCGCCCCUCCCUCCUCCUGGAGACGACGGAGCGCUCGAGCUCGGCAUGCUCGCCGGCGACGCCGGGGCCCUCCCUCGUCCUGAUGCACCCGCCGUCGCCGACAUGAGGCUAUUCACCGCCCCCUGCUCGGGACGCCAUGAAGGUUAGGAGCAGGAGCAGUUGCUGUUAGUGACCUCCAUCUUGAUUAGGAUGACCACGAAGACCUCCGCAUGUUGUGCUGCUGCUCGGGACCCUCCCUUCAAUUGUGGGGACCCUCAAUUGUGCGAUCUGGGUCACGUAUAUUGCUCAGUUGGGUUACCUCAACCCUUGAAAUUUGGAUCCCCUUUCUGGACCACAUUCAGUUGUUGGCCCUGCCCUUGACGUCCAUGGUGACGCCGAUGAUGAUAUUGGCCCUGCUGUUGAUCCUCAAACAUAGGUCAAAGGAAGAAGUUGAACCUAAAGAAAUGCAGAGAAGAAUUACGGCUGCGUGUAUCCGGCUGGCUCAAGGUGUAUCCGGCUGGUUCAAGGUGUAUCCGGCUGGUUCAAGGGACGUGCAGGGCGGGCUCCUGGCACUGAGGAUCUCGCGGACGGAUGCCACGCUGCGAGGGCAGGGUCCCGCUGGGUGUUCCGUCGCCUGGCCUCCCUGCUCUGGCGACCUCGUGUACGGAUGCCACGCUGCUGGCGGCAACAAUCCGCGAUGGCGAUGGCGAUGGUGCGAUGUUCUGAUGCAGUGCCGCGAGGUCGGCGUGCAGGAUACAGUGUUGGUGGGCGGCAUCGAGGAUAAGGGCGAUUGGAUCUGAUUUCGUUAGUUUCCUUAGUUUCCGAUGACAACCGCGUGAAUGUAGGGGACGAACGCGGGAUUGGUAUUUUUGUGCUAGUGGACGGAUGCGUGAUUGUAGGGGAUGGACGCGGGACUGGUAUUUCUAUGCUGGUGGAUGGAUGGUGGAGGUGGAGCACGGUCAGUCAAGGGAAUUUGCUACGUGCACACCUUAAAGGUAUUAGAUCAAUGAUGGCAGUUAGAUUAGAUUUGUGGGACUAAUUGUGUGGUGCUGAUUAACUCAUGCAUUUUGUGGGACUAAUUGCUGGGUGCAUGUAAGGAAGUUCUUAUUUGAUUGUUUAAUAGUAGUAGAGAUUAUAUAGGAUUAACAGAACAUAUGAUUUAGCAUAAGCGAAGAAACAUGAUGGUUCGCUUGCCA